AUGGCCACUAAACCACAUUUGAUGAUAAGAGGUUUUGACUUCCAGUGGACAGUGUGGAUACCCACACUCCUCAGAGACUUCUGUGGUACUGGUCAGAGCAACGGAAGCUUCAGAAUCAUCACUGAGAAUGUUCCAUGUGGAACCACAGGAACUACCUGUUCCAAGACCAUCAAGAUCUUCCUGGGGGAUAAUGAAUUCCAACUUAAAGAUGAGAACUUCCAGGUGAUAAAGGGCAGCAGCAAAGUGUUCCCUGCUCAGAUACAAGAUGGUGUUUACCUAGUGGUAGCGAUCAAGGCAGGACUCGUGCUCAUGGUUUCCUCCAGCUGCCCCAGCGCCCAACUAAUCAGUGAUCCCUGUUCCUCAAACGGCUACCGGGCAACCUGGUCCCAGAAAAAAUGUAGCAUCAUCACCAGUGUCACCUUCCAGAACUGUCAUUCACAGGUUGACCCUGGACCAUACUUUGAUUCUUGUGUGAGAGACUCUUGUGCUUGUGACACCGGUGGGGACUGUGAAUGUCUCUGCACUGCUGUGGCUGCCUAUGCCAAAGCUUGUAAUGAAGCUGGAGCGUGUGUUAAAUGGAGAACUCCAAAAAUGUGCCCUAUUUUCUGUGACUACUAUAAUGCUCCUGAUGGUUGUGAGUGGCACUACAGGCCUUGUGGAGCUGCCUGCAUGAAGACAUGCCGAAAUCCAUCAGGAAACUGUUCGAACCUCAUCACUGCCUGGAAGGUGCAUUAGACAGAUC